CCCAGGCUGGUCUCAGACUCCUGGCUUAACUGAUCCUCCUGCCUUGGCUGCCUGAAGUGUUAAGGUUACAGGCGUGAGCCGCGGUGACAUACAAUCCGGCUGGGCUGUAUGUUGCGUGAUUCUAAUGAUAAGAAGUUCUGGAGAAGAUCAGUGGUUACUCUUGGGGCUGGGAAAUGAUUAGGAGGGGCUCGCAGGAACCCUCUGGUAUGAUGAAAACAUGUUUUAUUUUGGUCUGGUUGGUUGUCAUAUGGGUGUCUGCAUUUGCCAAAACUCAUUGAACUGCAUUUUUACAAUUGGUGCUUUUUACUGUGUGUAAAAUACACCCUAAGAAGCAAGCAAACCAAUAAGCAAGCAGGCAAGCAGAUGAAUUCACCAGGCUGUGUGAGCCCAGAGGUCUGCCAAGGCGUGUGUGAGGGCAGAGGGCCUUGGGCAUGCUUCUUGGAGCUCCACAGUUGCUGUCCCUGCCCCUCCCAGGGACUGGGUGACAGGAAAGCCCAAGGAAGCCACACCUCCUGAGGUCCCCUGUGAAUGUCCUUACCUUCUGUGGCUGUUCCCCCUGCUCAGAGACUAUCAAUGGCUCCCCAUUGCCCAAGUCCACAGGAAGUUUCCAGCUUCCUCACUUGCUGCCCACUCACCUAGUCGUCUGCCUGUCUGGGCAAUCCAGCCCUCUCACUCCCCCCACCCAUGCCCCACGCCUCCUGCCCGCUCUACCUUUUGUCUCCACUUUUAGGGCUCAGCUACCCCAGGCCCUGGAGAUCUAUUUGGAUCCAGCCAUGUCUCUGCGUUCCUCCUUUGCUCGUCCCCCAUCGCCCUACUUCCUGCGGGGCAAUAUUUCACCCCGUCUUUGCCCCAGUCCUGGGCACAGAGACCAGCGUCGUUGGCCAACAGGUGACCUUCCAAGACUUUAGCCCAGCUCCUGCAAAUGUCUCCAACCCUUACCACCCCUCCUUCAGGGGGAUGCUCUGCCCAGGAGGGAGAAGCACAGAACGAGGGGAAGGAGAGGUUCCCUCAGGCUGGGCCUCCGGGGCCACCUGUGCAGGGACCAGGCUCUAUUUGAGUUGGUUGUGUCCCUGCUCCUCAACAUCCCAGGGUCCCCAGACUGCAGCCCUCAAAAUGUUGGGUCCUGGGGGCACCAUGGUUUCGGCGGCAGCCCCCAGCCUCCUUAUCGCUCUGUUGCUGCUCCUGGGGUCUGUGCCCGCUACCGACACCCGCUCUGUGCCCCUGAAGGCCGCGUUCCUGGAGGACAUGGCAGGUAGUGGGGAGGCCGAGGGCUCGUCGGCCUCCUCCCCGAGCCUCCCGCCACCCUGGACCCCGGCCCUCAGCCCCACAUCAAUGGGGCCCCAGCCCACACGCCUGGGGGGCCCGUCACCCCCCACCAACUUCCUGGAUGGGAUCGUGGACUUCUUCCGGCAGUACGUGAUGCUGAUUGCUGUGGUGGGCUCCCUGGCCUUUCUGCUGAUGUUCAUCGUCUGUGCCGCGGUCAUCACCCGGCAGAAGCACAAGGCCUCGGCCUAUUACCCAUCGUCCUUCCCCAAGAAGAAGUACGUGGACCAGAGUGACCGGGCCGGGGGCCCCCGGGCCUUCAGUGAGGUCCCCGACAGAGCCCCCGACAGCCGGCCCGAGGAAGCCCUGGAUUCAUCCCGGCAGCUCCAGGCCGACAUCUUGGCCGCCACCCAGAACCUCAAGUCCCCCACCAGGGCAGCACUGGGUGGUGGGGAGGGAGCCAGGAUGGUGGAGGGCAGGGGGGCGGAGGAAGAGGAGAAGGGCAGCCAGGAGGGGGACCAGGAAGUCCAGGGACAUGGGGUCCCAGUGGAGACACCAGAGGCGCAGGAGGAGCUUUGUUCAGGGGUGCCUGAGGGGGCUCUGGUGGCCGGUGAGGGCCAAGGGGAGCUGGAAGGGUCUCUCUUGUUAGCCGAGGAAGCCCAGGGACCAGUGCAUCCCCCUGAAAGUCCCUGUGCCUGCAGCAGCGUCCACCCUAGUGUCUGAUAGUCCUCCCAGGCUGCCAGCCCUGACUGUCGGGGCCCCAAGUGGUCACCUCCCUGGGCAUGAAAAGACCUUCAGCCCUGACUGCUUCCUGACACUCCCUCCUUGGCCACCUUGUGGUGCCAAUCCCAGCAUGUGCUGAUUCUACAGCAGGCAGAAAUGCCGGUCCCCUGGAGGAAUCUCACCAAGUGCCAUCAUCCUUCACCUCUGCAGCCUCAAAGGGCUACAUCCUAAAGCACAGCUCCCCUGACAAGGUGAGGGAGGGCAUGUGUCCCUGUGACAGCCAGGAUAAAACAUCCCUCGAGGCUGGGUGCGGAGGUUCACGCCUGUAAUCCCAGCAUUUUGGGAGGCCAAGUCCAGACGUCGCUUGAGACCAGGAGUUCAAAACCAGCCCUGGCAACAUUGCGAGACCCCCAUCUCCACAAAAACAAAAAACAGUCCACUAUAUCAGCCACAUCAACUGGGAAUCAUGUCACAGGUCAUUCCUGGGGCAAACAUCACUGCUUUUCCAUCAAGGGAGCAAAGAAUAAGUGGGAGUUUUGGAAGAAUUUGGAUGAGAGACGCUAAGGUGCCCAGCGUUCGUAAGGCAACAUGCAGCCUGGCGUGAAGCAAUAUUUUGGAACUGCAAAUGGUCCCCCUCUUGUGUCUUUUCAAUCCUGAAUAUUUUAGUGUUAUUCUGCCUGUGCUCAGAGCUCCAGCAGCAGAAGUGGGUGUGGUUAAUUAGGACACUUCUGGGAGAGGACCCCUGCACACACUACAACAGGUCCCUAAAUGAGCAUUUCCCAAACUAGAUUCCCUGAGGCACUCUUCGGAAACAAGAUUUUUUUUUUUUUUUUUUUUUUUUUUUUUUGAGACGGAGUCUCGCUCUGUCACCGAGACUGGAGUGCAGUGGUGCAAUCUUGGCUCACUGCAACCUCCACCUCCCAGGUUCAAGCGAUUCUCCUGCCUCAGUAGCUGGGAUUACAGGUGCCCACCACUACGCCCGGCUAAUUUUUGUGUUUUUAGUAGAGACGGGGCUUCACCAUGUUGGCCAGGCUGGUCUGGAACUCCUGACCUUCAGGUGAUCCACCUGCCUCGGCCUCCCAAAGUGCUGGGAUUACAGGCGCGAACCACCUGGCCCAAACUGCUUUUAAAAACAGCUACAGGGUAAAAUCCUGCAGCACCCACUCUGGAAAAUACUGCUUUUAAUUUUCCUGAAGGUGCCCCCUGUUUCUGGUUGGUCCAGGAUUAGGGAUGUGGGGUGUAGGGCAUUUAAACCCUCUCAAGCCCUCCCCAAGCACCCCCUCCCUGGGGGUGAGCUUCUCAUCCCACUACUGCUGCUGGGAUGGGGUGAAUGAAUGGAACUCUUCCUAUCUGGCCUCCAAAGCAGCCUAGAAGCUGGGGGCCUGUGUUUGAAUGGACUUCCGCCCUGGGGGAGUCCGAGGGGCUGGGGGAAGGUUUCUGACUCCCAGCCUGGAGCAGGGGGGCUCUGGCCACCUCCCGUCGCUCACACAUUGUCUGGCAGCCUGUGUCCACAAUAUUUGUCAGUCCUCGACAGGGAGCCUGGGCUCCGUCCUGCUUCAGGGGGGCUCUGGCGGGAGGUCCUCUCCCUCAUCCCUCCAUCUGGGGCUCCCCCAGCCUCUGCACAGCUCUCCGGGUGCUGAGAUAUAAUGCACCAGCACAAUAAACCUUUAUUCUGGCCUGAA